AUGUCACGAAUCCAGCUUGUUGAUUUUCAUCCAUCCACAUCAUCGGCACCGUCAAUAUCAUCACACAAUGACACUUCUUCAUACGGGAUCUACACACGAUCAUCAUACGUUAGUGAUGAAUUUUCACACUCACUCCUCAACAAAUUACAGCACAAACUUCGAAAAGCUGUUCCACAAAAACCGUUUUCCAUGAAAUUUGAACAUGUGGGAGAUAUUAAAACAACACAAGCCAUUGAUGUGAAAAUUUCGUACGGUUGUCAUUGCAUUCUUGUUUCUCAGUACCGGUUUUUAACAAUUUAUGAUCUUUCAACAAAACAAUUAAUUGCAAAGAGUGGUGGUGAGAGAAGUUGUGAAUAUUUGGUUGUAGAAGAAAAUUAUAACUUGGAAACCAAAACUGGAAGAGAUGCCUUGAUAUUAGUUUCAAAAUACACACGAGCCCUGCAGAAAGUUGAUUUGCAAAAUUUCAUUCAAGCACUUUUAAAAGAUCCUGACGAUGACACGCUUGAAAUUGCGAGUAGAAUUUGGAAGUCAAAUGUUGAGUCAUAUCGAGGGAUGUGUAUCGAGUAUAACAAGUCGACCUCAUCAUCAAAUAAUAAUAUUAUUUAUGUCGUUUGUUUUAACUUCAUUGCAAUUGUGAGCUCAUCGAAUGGACAACAAAUUGGACACAUCGAUCCAGAUAAUUGUGCUGGUAUUACGUUUAGAACUGUCACAGGAAUUGCAUGGAACUGCCAUAAUGGCCUAUUAUUGUUUGCAGACUCUAUAGUCAACAGGGUUCAUAUGCUAAAAAAGGAGUCCUGUGGAAACGGCUCAAAAGAUAUAACAUUUCGUUUACAUCAUACAAUUCGAAGACGAUUGAAAACUGUUGAGAUUGAUUUUCAAAAUCCAAAAGGAAUUUGUGUAGAGAGUUACACGGGCAGAAUCUUUUUGUGUGAUGAACACAAUGCUCAGCUUAAAGUGUUUUCGAUGGAUGGCAUGAAACUGUUAGGGACAUCUGAGGUUAAAACACCUUCCCACUUGUGCUUGAAUGAAUUAACAGGAGAAUUAUUUGUUGUUUGCAGUUACACUCAAAUUAAAAUUUUCAAAUAA